AUGGCAAACCCCUUCUCGAGAUGGUUUCUAUCAGAGAGACCUCCAAACUGUCAUGUAGCCGAUCUAGAAACAAGCUUAGACCCCCACCAAACUCUGUUGAAGGUACAAAAGUUCAGACCGACUUUGAGUGACUGGGUACAUUACCUCUUCUUGGGGUCCAUCAUGCUCUUCGUCUUUAUCGCUAAUCCUGCAUCUUGGAUUUUGAAGAUUCUCUGUUAUUGCCUCUUGGGUGCGUUAAUCGUCAUUCCGGCUACAUCGCAGUUUUUCUUCAACGCAUUACCUAUCCUAACAUGGCUGGCGCUUUAUUUCACUUCGUCCUAUUUCCCGGCUGACCGCAGACCUCCUAUUACUGUUAAGGUGUUACCGGCGGUGGAAACAAUUCUAUAUGGUGAUAAUCUAAGUGAUAUCCUUGCAACGUCGACAAAUUCCUUUUUAGAUAUCUUAGCAUGGUUGCCGUAUGGUCUAUUUCAUUUUGGGGCCCCAUUUGUCGUUGCCAUUAUUCUGUUUAUAUUCGGGCCACCAACCGUUUUACAGGGUUAUGCUUUCGCAUUUGGUUAUAUGAAUCUGUUUGGUGUUAUCAUGCAAAAUGUUUUCCCAGCCGCCCCACCUUGGUAUAAGAUAAUAUAUGGUUUGCAAUCGGCUAACUAUGGAAUGCACGGCUCGCCAGGUGGGCUAGCCAGAAUUGAUAAGCUAUUGGGAAUUAGCAUGUAUACAACAGCAUUUUCUAACUCUUCAGUUAUUUUUGGUGCUUUCCCUUCAUUGCAUUCCGGUUGUUCUACUAUGGAAGCCUUGUUUUUUUGCUAUUGCUUUCCAAAAUUGAAGCCUUUGUUUAUUACUUAUGUUUGCUGGUUAUGGUGGUCAACAAUGUAUUUAACACAUCAUUAUUUUGUGGACCUGAUGGCAGGCUCAGUAUUGUCGUACGUUAUAUUUCAGUACACAAAGUAUACGCAUUUGCCGAUAGUCGAUACAAGUCUUUUCUGCAGGUGGUCGUACACUUCUAUUGAAAAAUAUGAUGUAUCUAAAAACGAUCCAUUAGCCGCAGAUUCUAACGAUAUCGAGAGCGUCCCUUUGUCCAACUUGGAACUCGACUUUGAUCUCAAUAUGACUGACGAACCGAGCGUAAGCCCUUCGAUAUUUGAUGGAUCUACUUCCGUCUCUCGUUCGUCAGAAACGUCUAUAACAUCCCUAGGUGUGAAGAGGGCUUAA